AUGCUUAACAGAAAUAUUUGGAAGAGAAGUGAUAUUUCAACCUGCAAUUGUCUAGAAAAAUCUUAUCGCCAUGUUCAUUGCCCUUGUUCUUGCUGCAAUGGGCGGGCAACUGAUAGAAGCACAGAACUGCGCCACUAUAAUCAACUUAAUAUUGUUAUUGAACAUGAAGACCAUCUUGCGACUAAUUUUAAUGAUCCAAUGCAAACUACUACAAACCAAAGGCAAAGCUCUUCUGACUCUGAAAACGAAGAUGAAGAAAUGGAAACUGAUGAUACUGUAGACUCGAACACAAGUCGUUCGGACCUUUCUGACCUCGGUAUUAAUCAACAUGCAAAUAAUUCUGCAUUUACGAAUAACGAAACUGAUAACGUGCAAUCGCAGGAAAAUCCCAUGCAAAAGGUUGUUGUAAAUGCUGUCCUGGAUGCACUCAAAAUAAAGAGAAGCAGUGGAGUUUCAAUUGAAACCUUUGAAGACAUCCUGGACUAUGCUAAAAGGCUUCUACUUUCCACUCUUGAUACCGGUAGUGAAAACAUUGAUAGAGAUGUCUUCACUACAUUGUGGCCAAAAUCAUGGAACGAUGUUCAGUCACUACUCAGAGAGGAAGGGUACGAAGGUGCCAAACAGUACUAUAUUUGCAUUUGCUACCAAGAAAAGAGAGUUUGUGAAGGCUCAGAUGAAAAAAAGGUCUCCUAUAAUGGAAAAUACAGUAUCAUGGAAAAUAAGGAUGAUGUUUGUAUUCACUGUGGCAAUAAUGGUUAUUUAACCUAUUACUACUUGGGACUAAGCAGUAAAGUUAAAAAUUGGUUUCGCAGCAAACCUCUCAGUGAAAAAAUGCUGUCUCAUUGGAAAAAACGAAAUCACUGGCUCGGAAGAACAGAAAGUUGGUAUUUGAAAAGAGAAAUAUGGGAUGGGCAGCGGUGGGUUGAUUUCCAAUGGUUCUGGGAUCCACAGAAGAUUUGGCCCCUUCCGACUUUGUGUCCUUCCUGUGGAAUACCAGUCUCGUCUGAUCAUCUAAGCAAAUCACCAAAUACGCCUUCAAAAGACGAAAAGAUUGUGGAAUGUCCAGAAUGUUUUAAUAUUUUCCAACACACAAUCAAGUUUACAAAUGGGAAUCCUCUUAAUUUAGCACUAAUUGGACAUUGGGAUGGGUAUAUAGUCUUCGAAGUUGUGGCUCAAUAG